UUAGAAAUAUCCGGAUAAUUUUAUUAGGACUUUGAUAAAGCGUAAGGAAUGUGGGCUUUCCGAAGAGCAAGACUGUUCAGUGUUGUUUCUGCACCAGUUCUAGUGGCAGUUGUGUGUUGCGCACAAAGUGUCAAUGAACCAGGGAACAUGUCUUUUGUGAAAGAGACUGUGGAUAAACUGCUGAAGGGCUAUGAUAUCCGUUUGCGUCCAGACUUCGGAGGGACCCCUGUUGCAGUUGGCAUGAGUAUAGAUGUGGCGAGCAUAGACAUGGUGUCCGAAGUAAACAUGGACUACACGUUGACCAUGUACUUCCAGCAGUAUUGGAGGGACAAGCGGCUGGCCUAUGUGGGGAUUCCCCUCAACCUCACCUUGGACAACCGGGUGGCCGACCAGCUCUGGGUACCUGACACCUAUUUCCUCAACGACAAGAAGUCGUUCGUCCACGGGGUGACUGUGAAGAACCGUAUGAUCCGGCUGCAUCCGGAUGGAACCGUUCUCUAUGGCCUGAGGAUAACAACAACAGCAGCCUGUAUGAUGGACCUGCGGCGAUAUCCGCUGGAUGAACAGAACUGCACUCUGGAGAUUGAGAGCUAUGGAUACACGACGGACGACAUCGAGUUCUACUGGAAGGGGGGAGACAGCGCCGUGACGGGGGUGACGCGCAUCGAGCUGCCCCAGUUUUCCAUCGUGGACUACAAGCUGGUGUCCAGAAAUGUGGUGUUCUCCACAGGUGCCUAUCCACGCCUGUCUCUGAGCUUCAAGCUGAAGAGGAACAUUGGCUACUUCAUCCUGCAGACCUACAUGCCCUCCAUCCUGAUCACCAUCCUGUCCUGGGUCUCCUUCUGGAUCAACUACGACGCCUCAGCUGCCAGAGUGGCCCUGGGCAUCACCACGGUGCUCACCAUGACUACCAUCAACACCCACCUGAGGGAGACCCUCCCCAAGAUCCCCUAUGUGAAGGCCAUUGACAUGUACCUGAUGGGCUGCUUCGUCAUGGUCUUCCUGGCCCUGCUGGAGUAUGCCUUCGUCAACUACAUCUUCUUCGGACGCGGCCCUCAGAUGCAGAAGAAGCUGGCCGAAAAGGCUGAGAAGGUCAACAACGAGAGGGCCAAGUACGACUCCAACAAGGCGGAGCCUCACGGGAACAUCCUGCUGACAACCCUGGAAAUCCACAACGAGGUGGCAGGAAAUGAGGUCACCACCAGCUUGGCCGACAUGAGGAACUCCACGUCCAUGAGCUUGGACAGCACCGGGGUGCAGUGCCGGAAGCAGAGCACACGGUCCAGCCGCCACAGUCUGGACCGGCACGCCCAGCUGAAGAGGACCCGUCUGCGAAGACGCUCCUCACAGCUCAGGAUCAAAAUCCCGGACCUAACGGACGUUAACGCCAUCGACCGGUGGUCGCGCAUCAUCUUCCCCUCUGUCUUCUCACUUUUCAAUCUCAUCUAUUGGAUGUACUACGUCUAAUUGAAACGUUGUUUAUUUUUAGUUGUUGUUAUUUAUGUUUUUUUCUGAUCUCCUUUCAUCAUUGCUUUUACGUGAU